AUGCUUUCUUCAGCUGCUGCAAGGUACUCCUCCUCCUUCACCAAAUUUCCUCUCUUUGCUACUUGUACCUUCUUUCUCUCUUUCCCUUGUUCCCUCACUCUCAAAUGUUAUCUUCAUUCCCACUCCCCAAACCCCAACAACAUCCGCGACGCCGUUGAUACAGUCACUCACUUCCUCCACAUGCGGCCCCCUCCCUCUAGAAAACAUAUCAAUAGGAUUUUAGGGUCUAUAGUGAAGAUGAGACAUUAUCCCCUGGUUAUCUCACUUCUUGCACAAGCCGAGUUGAAGGGCUACGUGCCAGAUUUAUUUAACCUGAGCAUCUUGAUCAAUUGCCACUGCCACGUCGGUCAGAUGGAUCUUGCUUUCUCUCUGUUGGGGAAAAUUUUCAAGAUGGGCUAUCAACCAAACGCUGUAGUUUUGACCACACUAAUAAAAGGACUCUGUUUAAAUCAAAAUGUCGGCAAAGCUCUAGAUUUCUACGAUGACAUAAUGGCAAAAGGAUUGAAGUUAAAUGAAGUUAGUUAUGGAACAUUAGUAAAUGGGCUAUGUAAAAUGGGGAAAACGACAUCUGCUCUUAAAUUGCUUAAAGUAAUGGGGAGGCACCUUGUUAAGCCCAAUAUAGUUAUAUACAGCACAAUCAUUGAUGCGCUUUGUAAAGAAGGACUAGUUAAUGAUGCACACAAUCUCUAUUUUGAAAUGAUUGACCACGGGAUAUCUCCAAAUGUUGUUACUUAUAGUAGUCUAAUCCAUGGCUUCUGUAGCAUGGAUCAGUGGCAUCAAGCAAAUCAAUUACUCAAUGAAAUGAUAUCGAAAGAUAUACAACCAAAUGUUUAUACCUUUAACGUCCUAGUUGAUGCAUUAUGUAAAGAUGGAAGGAUUGUACAAGCUCAAGCUGUAUUUGCUAGGAUGGUGAAGAGUGAUCAAAGACCUAAUGUUGUUACGUAUAAUGCUGUGAUGGAUGGACAUUGUUUGACCAAUAACAUCAUUGAGGCUAAGGAAGUUUUUAACAAGAUGAUUGAAAAUGGUUUGGCACCUGACCUUUUUAGUUAUAAUGUUUUGAUCAACGCAUGCUUUAAGAUGAAAAUGGUGGAUGAAGCGAUGGAUCUUUUUAAGGAAUUGCAUUCCAGAAAUUUGGUUCCUAAUGUCGUAACUUAUAAUUCCGUUAUUGAUGGGUUGCUCAAAUCACAAAGAAUCUCAUGCGCGCAAGAGAUUAUUUAUGAGAUACAUGAGAGGGGUCUUCACCCUGAUAUCAUCACUUACAGUAUCUUGUUAGAUGCAUUUUGCAAAAUGGGACAUCUUGACAAGGCAAUUACAUUAUUUAGGCAAAUUGUUGAUCAAGGAUUCCAGCCUAAUGUGAAGAUCUACACUAUACUUAUUGAUGGUUUGUGCAAAGGUGGUAGAUUAAAUGAUGCAUGGGACACUUUUCAGUAUCUUUUGGCUGAAGGUUACCAACUAAAUGUCCGUACCUAUACUGCUAUGAUUCAUGGACUUUGCAAAGAAGGUUUUCUUGAUGAAGCCGUGGCCUUGUUUGAUAGAAUGGAAGAGAACAAUUGCCUCCCUAAUUCCGUAACUCUCAACGUUAUUAUUGGAUAUCUUCUUGAAAACAAUGAGAAUGACAAGGCAGUUAAAGUUCUUAGUAGAAUGAUUGAGAGAGGCGUGCUGAAGCAAUAAAACGAGGUGAGAUCUGCUACACCUCAAAUUCAUUUGCCACAAAUAUUCAUGUAUGCCAAGUGUGGAGAGAUAAGACUUGCUUGGAAAAGGUUUGAUGAAAUGCCUGGAAAGAAUGUGGUCUCUUGGAGCGGGAUGAUAUAUGGCCACACUCAAAUGUAUGAAUGAAGACUAUGAAGCUCUUAGAUUGUUCAGCCAAGCACUACUGGAAGAUGUGGAUAUCAAUCAUUUUACAUUAUCAAGUGUAUUACGGCUAGUGGCAGCUCAACUUUGCUUGCACUGGGGAAGCAAAUACAUGGACUAUGCUUCAAGACAAGUUUUAAUUCAUCAAGCUUCGUGGGUUUUCUUUGAGGAAGCUAGAUAUGCUGGGGAAGUAUUAUGAAAGUUAAAUGCCCAAAUAUAAAUUUUUU